CGUAUGUUUUUUUUUCAUGUUUUUUUUUUCCUGCCAAUCAGCUGAUUGACAAUUGACAUUUGUCAAAUGGAAUACUGAUGUUGUUGUUGUUGUUUUUACUUUCAUUAUCAGUAAUUCAAAAAUAAAUCGAAAUAGUUUGUAAAUAUAGUUUGAAAAUUACUAAAGAAGAACUGAGAUACAAUGAAAAUAAAUGAAAAAAAUAUGGUAGCAUUUGCAACAUCAGCAACUCCAGUUGAUCGUGAAGGUUGGUUAAAUAAACGUGGUGAAGUUAAUCGUGGAUAUCAAAGACGAUGGUUUGUUUUAAAAGGAAAUAUAUUAUUUUAUUUUGAUCGACGUGGUGAUAAAGAGCCAGUUGGUAUGAUUGUUCUUGAAGGUUGUACAAUUGAACUUGCUGAAGAUGAACAACAAUUUGCUUUUAAAAUUGUAUUUCAUGGACCAAAUAAUAGAAGUUAUGCACUUGGUGCUGAAUCACAGGAAUCAAUGGAGCAAUGGAUGAAAGCACUGGCAUGUGCAAGCUAUGAUUAUAUGAAAUUAAUGGUUGCUGAACUACAAAGACAGCUUGAUGUUGCUGAAGAAGAAAGUACCCAAACACCAGAAAUAGUUGAAAUAAGUGAUAUACCAAAAGCACCACCACGUACACGUCAUAAUCCAUUUAAUAAAACACCAUCUGUUAAAAUUGAAAAUAUACCUAGAACACGUAUUACAUUUAAAGAACUUCAUACAACAUAUGGAAGACGUAUUCUUGCUGAUAUUAAUGAAUGGAAAUAUGCUAAAAAAAAUUCUGAACUACCACUCAUAACAUUUUAAAUAUUACUAGUCAUUGUAAACAAAAAAAAUUUCAAUCUUUUAGUAUUUUAUUUAUAAUUUAUUUACCAUACUGAUAUGAUAAAAAGAGUGAAAUUGAUUCAUUAUGUACAUAUAUUUAACAAGAAAAAAAAAAAAAAGUAUAAUAAAUUAUUUUCAACUUUAAAUUUUUAAAAAUAAAAUUCUAUAUAAUUCAAUGAUUAAAUUAAAAACCUGAGAAAAAACUC